CCUGCUGAGGGGUGUGAAGAAGGACGUGCUGACGUCACUCGUCGACGACAGCGGAAGUAAUCGGAUAACAACCAUGGAGCGUCACUCAAAGCCAAAAACAGUGACAUUUGUGUCCAAUGAACUCUUAACAUUAGUCGGACAUUAUUGAAUAUACCUCGUUUACUGUGUCCGGUCAGCUUUCCUGGGAUCACGUCGUGGCUGUGAGGUGAAUUAGAGGAUAUCAAACUAUUCAUAGACUGAAAAUGGAGGACCCUGGUGCCACAGUAGCUGAAUUUGUGGCUUCACCACCACACAGUGCACCCAAAUCAAAGCUGGACACAUUGUCCAAAGAUGAUCUGAUUAAAUUUACCAAAAAGCAGGUGGCUGCUUUCCAAAAGAUGAAGAGCAGAUGUGCAGAUUUAGAGAAAGAAUUUGAAGCUUUCAAAGAACAUUCCAAAAACAUGAUCAGCAUUUCAGAUGACUCCACAUUAAUACAGGAGCUGACUGAGCGGAUGGAUGCAUUGUUAUUGGAAAAGGCAGAAACCCAGCAAAGCCUUGCAUUGUCUCGUAAAGAAUUGGAGCGGACGAAGCAGCUUGCCAAGGAUGAUGUCACAGAACUUGGACGUGUGAUUGAAGACCACAAAAGGACAAUUGACAUUCUAAAGACCAGCAUUGAUAAAACCAACAGUGAGCACCAAGAGGAAGUGGAAUAUUUUCAGAAAUUACUGAAAGAGCGAGAAGACAGUGAUAGGGAGUUAGACAGUGAAAGAGAGAAACAGAACCUUACUGAGGAAGCCAGUGGGAAAUAUCACCCAGAAGAUGACAAGUGCUCCCUGGAAGUUAAGCUUAAAACUCUACAAGUUGAACUGGAAGCAAUCCAAGAGAGGAACUCCAAGGAGAUCGCUGAGCUGCAAGAGAGUCACCAGAAUGAGCUGACUGAAGCCCAACAGGAGGUCGAGAACCUGAAAGAGGAGAUGAGUCAGAGGAGUAUGCAGCACGAGGAGGAGCUGAGGGCUUUGGAGGAGGACUGUGAGAUUGAAAGGGAGCGUCUUCUGUUGCUCCAGGAAGAGCUGACUGAGCAGCUGGCCCUCAAAGAUAGCUACCUCCAGGAUGUCCAAGAAGAAGAUGAAGAACCUGGUCGCAGUUCAGGGAUCGCCAAGAUGCUGGCACUUUCUGCGUGCAGUCAGGCUGAAUUGAGCCAUGUUGAUGGUGAGCUGACAGAGGGUGGAAAACUGAAAGCGGCCCUGGAAGACCUUCACGCUCAGAACACAAUGUUACAAGAUGAGCUCACACUGCUCAGUAAUGUGAAGAGUGAGCUAGAGGCAGAGCUGGAGAGAGUCAAGGAUGAGUUCCAGAUGGAGAGAGAGGAGAUGGACUUCAAAAUCAAUGAGCUGCAGAUGACUCGGGAGAGUGACCUUACAACAGCAACCCUAAAAGUUAUGAAUGUUGACUCUCAGACAAAUGUGUCGGGUGAAUCCAAAGAUUCAGUCCAAGCCCAAAACACAUUGGAACAAGAUGAGCAAGAGAAGCUCAGGUCCCAGUGUGAGGCCUUGAUCCGAGAGAGGGACUCUGCUCGUGCUGACCUCUACAACAUGAAGGACAUACUGCAAAAAUUGGAAACAGAACUGGGUCAGAAGGCCAACGAUUUCGUUAUCCAGUACACAGCCAUGAAGGAACAAGGGGCAAACACUGUACAGAACCUCCAAUACAAGACAGAGCAACUCAGCCAAGAGAAAGAAGAAUUGUCAGCCAAAGUCAGAGAGGUUACAGAGGAGAGAAACAUUCUGAUGGAGACUGUGCAAGACCUAAUGCUCAAGCUUGAGAGUUAUUCUGCUGAUGAGCAGAAACUCCAGUCCUCUGCAGAGAAACAAACAGCCUUAGUACAGGAGCUCAAUCAGUCUGUGAAAGAGCUAAGCAAGCACAAUGAAGAGAUCCUCUCCCAACUGCAGAUAAAAGAGAACCUAACUGAAGAAUUAAAUGAGAUGGUGAAUAUACUGACUGAGGAGCGGCACAGCACACAAUCCCUGCUUCAACUUCGAGAGGCGGAAAUGCAGGAGCUUAAAAGUGAAAAUGCCAAGGAAAUUGAGACCCUGCAAGAGGGGAAGCAGGCAGCACAACUACUGAAAGAAGAGACUGAAAAGGAGUUGAGAGUGUUGAAAAUGGAGAUGAAGACUGAAAUGCAGGUUUUAAAGGAGGAAAGGGACAAGAUAGAAGCAAGACUGAAGGAGGAAGUGAGGAGAAUGCAGGAGGCUGUGUCCUCUUCAGAGAUGACUCUUAAAGACAUCUCCUCAGAAAAUGCUUGUCUCCGUGAAAAACUGGAAGGGACUUUAACUACACUUUCCCAAACCCAGAAAGAGCAAGAACUUUUAGCCUCCAAGUUGGCCACCGUAGAGGCUCAAUUGGAGCAACAAUCAUUCCAAAAAAGUGAUCUUGAAGCCAAGGUGAAUUCUCUGACAGAAGAAGCAGAGCCUUCUCAAAAUAGUGGGAGAGAACUUGAGGCUCAGUCUGAAGAACUAAAAAACACAAAGGAAGAAAUGGUAGAACUCCAAAUACGCUUAGAAGAGCUUGAAAAAGAGAGAAACAUGUUGAGGAGCAGACUUGAAGAGAUUCAAGUACAAAGAAGGUCUGAAGCGAUGCCACACGAGCUUCAGGCUCUGGAGCAGGAGAAGGAAAUGCUGAGAGAAAACCUGGAGGAAACACUGAGGGAUACUGGAGGGCUGCUGAAAGACCUGCAAGAUAUGAAGUCACUCAAUGAGAAACUGUGUGCUGAGAAUCAGAUGCUACAGGGCCAAAUACAGCUGAUGGCCCGAGAGAAGGAAGAAAAGGUACAGGCUGACAUUGACGUUUUAGAGAGAGAACGUACCGAAUUCAAAGAACAGCUGAUGGACAAGGACUCAGUCCUAUCUCAGUUAAGGGCUGAUAUUACAUCUCUGCAGGAUUCUGCUGCCAAGUCUGCCCCUGAAGAAUAUAAAGCCAUGGAAAUUACACAGAAAAUAGGUGAAUUGGAGAAGGAUAACAAAGAGAAGGAUGAGAUGAUAAACAAAAUCAAGGCAGUGGCUGUCAAAGCAAAGAAGGAGCUGGACACCAGUAAAAAAGAGGUUGCAACCCUCAAGGAGGAAAUAACAAUUCUCAAAGCAGACCGAGAGAAAAUGAACAUCUCAAUGAAGGAUAUCAUCCAUGGUGCCGAAGGCUACAAGAACCUGCAGAUCGAUUAUGACAAGCAAACGGAGCAACUGGAUAAAGAGAGAGAGAAGGUGGAGGCAGCAGAAAGACAGAUCACUGAUCUGACCAAACACCUCAGCAGUGCUGUCACACAGGUCGAGUUGCUCAACAGUGAGAAGGAGGACCUCCUGGCUGCCUUGGAGACCUCCAGAAGCAUGGUGAAGCAGAUAGAAGCGCAGAUCCAUGAGCUGAAAAAGCAGUCAACUAGUCUAGCUAGAGAUCUAGUCGCAGAGAAGGCAAUGAAAGAACAAAAGAUCAAGGAGCUGUCACGGGCCACGAAGGAUGCGGAUGAGCUGAAAGCCCAGCUCGGCAAGCAGCAGAAGCAGUUGCAGCAAACUGCCCAAGAGCUGGAGCAGCUACGAAAGGAGGCGCAGCAGAACUCUCUGCUAGACAUGGAGAUGGCCGACUAUGAACGUCUGGUGAAGGAACUCAAUGCCAAACUUUCAGAAAAAGAUGAGUAUUCUGAGGCGUUAAAAGCUCAAAUAACCAGGCUGACCGAGAAGGAGGAAACACAUAAACAAGAAAUUGAAACUUUGAAAUCACAGUUGGACCAAGGGGAAGAGAAGAACUCCAAUAUUAAACAGUUGCUGGUGAACUCUAAGAAAGAGUUGUCUGAUGCCAAGAAGCAGGAAAACUCCCUUGCGCUGUUGCAGGCCUCAUUAAAAGGUGAACUGGAGGCCAACCAGCAGAAACUCGAAAGCUCCAAAAUCGAGGUGUGUGACCUAACCACUGAGCGCCAUCGUCUGCAGGACCAGCUCAGGUCUGCAUUAGAGCAACAACAAAGGACCAGUAGCUCUCUACAACAACGAAUUAAUAGCCUGCAGCAGGAGAGAGACAUUGCUAAGGCUGAACUUGUGGCAACUGCUGAGGAGUUUGAGAGUUAUAAGGUUCGAGUACACAAUGUGCUAAAGCAGCAAAAGAGCAAGUUCAAUGGGCAAAAUGAAAGCGACGCUGGCAAGCUAGAAAGAGAGCAGUUGUUGACUCAGGUGGACCAGCUGAGGUCCAGACUGGGAGAGAGCCAGCAGAGUCUCCAGAGCAGCACUGCAGAGCUGCAGCAGCUCCAGAUUGAACACGACACUCUGUUGGAGCGACACAACAAAAUUCUGCAGGAAAAUGUUAGCAAGGAAGCCGAGCUCCGAGAGAGACUGCUGUCGGUGCAGUCGGAGAACGUGGAUCUGCGGUCAGAGCUGGCUCAGGCUCAAGCUGACUCAUCUUCCCAGAUCGAGGCCCAGCGACAGACCCACAGGGAGCAGCUGAGGAAGCUGCAGGACGACCACCGUGCCACAGUUGAGACGCUGCAGGGUCAGCUGACUCGUGUUGAGGAGCAGUUCUUCAACCUGCAGAGUCAGAACAGUUCCGUGUUGGUCCAGUCCAGCAGGAAGUCUGUUGAUGCUCAGCGCAGAACUGCAGACCAGAAUCAGGCAGGGCUGGGACCAGUGGCCCUGAGUGACCUCCAAUCUAUGGCUAGGGAGGAGGGUGAGGGCAUGGAGACCACAGAGAAUGAAAGCACCUCCUCUGCAUCACUGCUCUCUCUGGAGCACCUUCUCAUGUCACCGGAUCCCAAGCAAGAGCCCUUCGUGUGGACUGUAGAACCCACCAAAGACGAGCUGAGUCAGAAGCUGAGCACAGCCACACGCAGUCUGGCGCACAUGAACAGCCUCCUGCAUGAAACUGAAGCUACCAAUGCUGUUCUCAUGGAACAGAUCAAUCUGUUGAAGAGUGAAGUACGUCGUUUGGAGCGUAACCAGGAGCGGGAGAAGAGUGUGGCCAACCUGGAGUAUCUGAAGAACGUUUUGCUGCAGUUCAUUUUCCUGCGGUCAGGCAGCGAGAGGCAGGCACUGCUUCCUGUCAUUCACACCAUGUUGCAGCUCAGCCCAGAUGAGAAAAGCAAGCUUGCUGCCAUUGCCCAAGGCGAGGAGGAGGCAUCAGGGACUCGUGGCUCAGGCUGGGGUUCUUAUCUCCACAGCUGGUCUGGGAUCAGAUAAACCAACAGCAGAGGUCUGGAAACAGGGAUAUAUGAUUUAAAGUCACAAUAACUUGAAGGGGCAAAAUAGAAGGGACAAAGGAAUGUAUAAUGAUAAACAUGUUAGAGAUCAUGAUAAUCAGUUAUUCAAGCUCUAGUUAUCCAAUUAACACUCAAAGGGUCAAUUCCUUCAUCUGUUUGUACUCUUUACUCCCAUUGGGAGUUGCUUUACUGUGCCAUGCUGUUGUACCUUUCCGAAAUGUAUUCCAAAUUUUAUAAAAUAUUUCCCCUAUUAAAUUGGAGUGUUUGUAAUGAGUAUACAGUUCUGUCACAUGUACGUUUUCAUCCACUUAACAUUUCAUUCAUUCCAUAUUCAUAUUUUCAAAAGCGUGCAUUAGGUGUAUUAGUGUUCUUAAUUAAGAUUCAGCAAAUGGAUUUGUGUCUUUACGUUAUUAAAUCAACCAGGAAUGACCUUGUUUUCUUAGACUUACCCUCCCAAUAUGGCUGACAAAAAAUAUUUUUGAUGAGUGAUUUUGACUGUGUUACGUAUGUCUUAAAUGCUAAAAAAAACAAUUGUGAUUCAUUGUUGGUUGUUCAAUAAUUUCGCCUCUUAUUUAUUUUGCUCUUGCACGUUUUUGUGUUAAUCUUCAUUUGCAACUUAAUCAACAUCAAAGUCUCCCCAAAAUGUGUUUAUUGGGAUCACUUAACUUUCUCAUCUCUGUGGCAGCUGAUUGUGAUUCCUUCCGCAUAAAUGAAUGUAAAUUGUUUUGAGGGUUUUUAUAAUUGAUAUGGUAAGCAUCAACAAAAUGUAGCCAUUUAGGGAAAGUAUAAGUAACGGUGUGUAUAGUAGUGAUGCAGUAUUGACAACGAGUCAACUUUGUGUAAUUCCGCUUUCCUCUAUGCUUGACUUGUAAAUUACAUAAAUUAUGUAAACUACAGUACAAUAAAUAUUCAACAUUGA